GUCAAAGCCCAACAUCCUAUCCAACCCCUCUCGGUGCAAAAAGAGAAGAGGAAAUCGGCAGAAAGAAAAGGCGAGAAGGAAGGAGGCAACGAAGCGAGGGGAUUCCGCGGAGUUGGUGGAGGCGAGGGUUUGGUGCGGCCAUGGAGAACCUGGCGAUGCUGUGGGGGAUCAUCGGGCCGGGCGUCGCCGGCGCGCUCUUCGGCGCCGGCUGGUGGUUCUGGGUCGACGCCGUUGUCUGCAGCGCCGUCCAGGUCUCCUUCAUCCACUACCUGCCCGGGAUCUUCGCGUCGCUGGCCGCGCUCAUGUUCAAUUGCGUCGACAAGGAUGCCAUCGGGAACGACUACUACUCGUCCUACGGGGAUGAUUCCGAGUGGAGGGUGAAGCUCUGGCUUUUCGUCGCCUAUGUAGUUUCUUUCGUCUGCCUGGCUGGAUCAGUGGGUUUGUUGGUGCAAGACGCCCUGACAGACAAGGGCCCUUCUGUGUGGACUGGUGUUGCCGGCGUCCUGCAAUGCGUUUUUGUGUUGAUAAGUGGGUUGACAUACUGGACGUGCCACACCGAGGACUAGGAAGGGUCAAAAUGCUGUGAGCGGACUGGGAUGGAUGGUAAAACUUGUCGCGAAGACGUCUGCUCUACUGCCCGUGUGUGGUCCUGUGUAAAUUAACGUUCAUUCCAGGGCGCGAUUACUGCUACGAUAAAAAAAAAAGGUGGGAUUACUGAGUGUCUGUUGUGUGCAUAGCUGACUGCUUCCUGAAAUGGAUCCGUAGCAUCAGUACUACUACGUGUUUAUUAUCAUAAUUUGUUGUGAGCCUGUGGUGCUUGGUGGCUCGAGAGGUUAGCAUUGA